AUGGGAAGUGCCGGUGAGACCCAAUAUGGCGAAUACACCUAUGCAAAUCUUGAGAGGGAGCCCUACUGGCCUGGUGAGCAACUCCGGAUUUCCAUCACCGGAGCAGGUGGAUUCAUUGCCUCGCAUAUUGCUAGGCGUUUGAAGAGCGAGGGGCACUACAUUAUUGCUUCUGACUGGAAGAAAAAUGAGCACAUGACUGAAGAGAUGUUCUGUCAUGAGUUUCAUCUUGUUGAUCUUAGGGUCAUGGAUAACUGUCUGAAAGUCACUAAGGGAGUUGAUCAUGUAUUCAAUCUUGCUGCUGAUAUGGGAGGUAUGGGCUUCAUACAAUCCAACCACUCAGUGAUCAUGUAUAACAACACAAUGAUCAGUUUUAAUAUGAUUGAGGCUGCUAGGAUCAAUGGAGUUAAGAGGUUCUUUUAUGCCUCCAGUGCUUGUAUCUAUCCUGAAUUCAAGCAGUUAGAUACUAAUGUGAGCCUCAAAGAGUCAGAUGCUUGGCCAGCUGAGCCCCAAGAUGCUUAUGGCUUGGAGAAAUUGGCAACAGAAGAACUCUGUAAGCACUACAACAAGGACUUUGGUAUUGAGUGUCGGAUUGGCAGGUUCCAUAACAUUUAUGGUCCUUUUGGAACCUGGAAAGGUGGGAGGGAAAAAGCACCCGCUGCCUUUUGUCGUAAAGCACUUACCUCAACUGACAAAUUCGAGAUGUGGGGAGAUGGUCUACAAACUCGAUCCUUUACCUUCAUUGAUGAAUGUGUUGAAGGUGUCCUGAGAUUGACAAAAUCAGACUUUAGAGAGCCAGUGAAUAUUGGAAGUGAUGAAAUGGUAAGCAUGAAUGAGAUGGCUGAGAUGGUCCUGAGCCUUGAGGAUAAGAAGCUCCCUAUCCAUCACAUUCCAGGGCCGGAAGGCGUUCGUGGUAGAAACUCAGAUAACACUCUCAUAAAGGAAAAGCUUGGUUGGGCCCCUACCAUGAGAUUGAAGGAUGGUCUGAGAAUUACAUAUUUCUGGAUCAAAGAACAGAUUGAAAAAGAGAAAGGUCAAGGCGCCGAUGUGUCGGCUUAUGGUUCAUCCAAGGUUGUGGGAACCCAAGCUCCAGUUCAACUUGGAUCUCUUCGUGCUGCUGAUGGCAAGGAGUGA